AACAGUUCAUGUUAAAGAGCUGUGAGAGGAGAAUCAGAUGGGAGAGAAACACACAGCCUGGAUGAUAGGACAGAUUGAAAUGAGCAGGUACACUGAGGAUGGAGCUGUUGAGCAUACAAGACUUUCUGAGCUGGAUGGUUGUUGCUGAUUGAAGUGCAAAGCACAGAGGUAAUUAGAGACCUGGCACUGGUACAUCACGACAGCAGCAGUGUUACCAUGGAGACUGGCAAGCCAGGAUUGGCGAGUGCUCCAGUGCACAUCAGCUCUGUCGCAGCGCAGACAGAGAAAAGGAUGGACAUCCAGGCCCCGCUGACGGCUGUUUACAUCCACACAGUGCCUGCUCUACCAGCGCAGCCUUACCCCCAGCCUCCUGCGGCCGGCCACGAGCCAGCCACACUCCAUCUGGCCAUGCCGCCACUUUACUCUAAGGAGACUCUUCCUUUUCUGACACUCCAUAUUGCCGGUGGACUGCAGUCUCAGCCAGGAUUGAGUUUGGCAGCUGCUGCUCCUGCAGCCAGACCUAAGUCGGCAGGAAAGCAUGUGUGUCCUCACUGUGGACGGGACUGUAUGAAGCCCAGUGUUUUGGAGAAGCAUCUCCGCUGCCAUACAGGGGAGCGGCCUUACCCCUGCACCACUUGUGGAGUUUCUUUUAAGACUCAGAGCAACCUCUACAAACAUAAGCGCACUCAGGCUCAUGCUCGCCAAUCUUCUGAAUCAGAGCAAAGCAGCCUGAGCCUAGACAGCAUGUCCAGCUCUAGAGAGACUUGUACCUCCAGUUUGUCUCUGGAUGAGCGCAGUCAGGAUUCAGGCAGCGCGGAAAAGGACAUCACACUACCUGCUGCUGAGAUCACCUGUGCAGCUAGCUCUGCAAAGGUCUACUCCAUGAAGAUGCAAAAUUCUGUCAGAGAACCGGAUGAGUUGACCCCAGCAGAUCAGAAGGCAGAAGCAAAUGAAAAGGUAACAACAGAAGGAGAAAAACAGAGCCUGGAAACUGAAACACUACCGCUGACUGCAGGUCGACACCUUCCCCUUCAGAGACAAGAAGCCACUCUGUUCUCCAAGCAGUGGGAGAGCUCUGUAUCCAAGGGGAAAUCGCAAAGCCAUGAGAGCACAGACUCAGGAUUCAGUGAGAGCAGUGACAGCAUUUUACCUGACCACAGUAUGGAUUCCCUCACCGAAUCCAUUAAAGAGCAUCUUGAAGAAACCACCAGCACACAAACACCUUCAGAACAAGGCCAUGGUGGACAAGAACCUAAAGACAAUGCACGGGAGCAGGAGCAGAAGACGCUGGAGGAGCGCAUAUCAAAGCUGAUCUCAGAGAAUACAGCCGUUGUGGAGGACAAACAGCUUGAGAAUGUAAGGCCACGGAAGACAGUUCUGUCAAAGCAGGGUAGCAUUGACCUCCCAAUGCCAUACACUUACAAGGACUCCUUUCACUUCGACAUGAGGAUCGGUAAGACUCAGAAUGUUGGGUUACAACGAAACAAGAAGCCUUGCUUGUACAACUCUGUGCCCACUCAGCGGUCGAACACCAUGGAGCACGCCCCCCUGACCCGCAGCAACUCUCUUCCAUUCAGCGUCACCCUCCUGCGUCCCGAGAGGAGCAGCCCGACCUCCUCCUAUCACAGUGAUUAUGUAACGCUUGUUCGGAGGGGAAGCUCGGGCCAGAUAAAUCCAACAGGUUUCGCUAUCAAGCCUGUGAACCAGCACUCAUCCACCCACCGCCCACUGGUCCGGCAGACAGCCGUAGACUGCAACCACGCAACAGACGGUCUCUUCAUGAAUUCAUCUGUGGAGGAGGCGUGCACCGGCAGUCUCAGCUGUGACGGGGAUGGCGGUGACAUUUGUGGAGAGCCAAGCAACAGAAAAUUCCGCAGGAAGAAAGUGCAGAAGUUUGCCUACAACAAGUGGUACAUGUACGGGGGAGGGACUUUUAAGAAGCUCUAUAAUGCAGAGAAAGGGGGUGAUGGCGGCGUUAUCAAAGGCAGGAAAUGUUCGACAAACCCAGAGCACGAGGUUGCUCAAGGUCUGCAAAAAAGAUUGUCAGGCGUUCAUAAGGAGGCAGCAGCAACAACUGGCUCGACGAACUUCACAAGCAGCAGUGCAACAGUUUGCCAUCCAGGCCCUCCUGCCAAAGUAUCUCUUGUCUCUGCUGUGGAUUUUAAUCUAAAACCGAGCCAGCUUCACACAAGCAGGACUCCACUUCGUAGAAACCUGUCUUUGUCAAUACUGCCACUACCUUCGAUUGGAUCAUUGGCUAGUCACCAAACAGAAAGCAUGAGCAGAGCAGAAGGUGGAAGAAUGACUGAUGAAGAAAAACAUACUGACUCCACCUCACAGCUCUGUGGAGCACAGAUUCCCUCCGACCGGAAAAAACAGAAAACUGAUUACAAAAUAAUUUGCCCUCUGGAGAUGGAAACCGACCCAAACACACUGACUCAUCCCCCUCCCUCUGUCACUGGCAGCACGCCUCAGCAGGAUACAAAUCUCAGUUAUAUGAACCUUCAAAAAAAUCACACACAGCUCAAAGCGCCUCUCUUCCCAACAUGCAUAAUCAAUGCAAAUACAUCAUCUGUUAGCACAUCGCCGGCCACAUCCACGCCUGCUCCUGCCAAGGCCAGCUUCCUGCCCAAGUACCAGCUCAAGUUACCCAAUGCUGCCGAACCUGAUUCCGAUCCUUCGCCGCAUGUUGUGAAUAAAGGAGCUGAUGACCGCACUUUCACCUCUGCUUUGUCAUCUUCUGAGCAAACUUCACCCUUGGUCAAAACCUCUGAAAACAAAUGUGCGGAUCCUGUCACCUCGCCAUUGGUGCAGACUUGUGAUAUCAAAAAGACAAACACUCUUACACAGCUCCUCUUGCCUUGCACAUCUACAACCCCUUGUCAGGCUGAAACAUCGAGACUCAUCUCAAGUGCAUCAUCUGGCCUCACUGUCAUGCACAGGCAAUUUGCAGCAACCACAAUAACCACAACCUGUCUUCAGAAUUACAAGGCAGGAUUAUGCAGCACUUUGAUACAACCCUCAAAAUGUGCAGCACUCUCAGCGCCUCAGCAGAUACCAACAGUUGCACCUGUGAUUGUAAACUUCCCUGCAACACCUACCAUAACUGCAGCAACUAAUCUGUCAUGUGCUGCUGCCAUUACAGCUUUCUCGCAAGGUCAACCCAGCCUCCCUCAGUCACACGCACAACUUUCAAUAGCAUCAAACCAGCUGAGCCCUGGAAACAACCCAGUUGUACCUUGCCACAUUGUACAGUUUGACCAGAUGCAGCCAGAUGCUCAGAACGUGUUUCAUGUUCACACUGCAGACCUCCAGAUCUGCCUCCAGAUCAUAUCUGACGAGCAGCUGGCUCUCAUUGAACCACAAAUCGAAAGGCAAGAAGGUAGCGCUCUUCCACAGCGGAAUGAUGUGGAAGCGUCUGAGAUAAUCCAAAAGGAAUCUCAAGGGUCUGUAACCAUGGACAGUACUAGCAAUCAGGGGCAUCAGUCAGUACAUCAAAGUGGGUCUUUACCCACACUUAACAUUGGAAUUAAACCUCCACCAUCUGUGCAAUUUGGGAAAGCAGAGACAGAUCUCCACCUUACUGAAAACAGUCAUUCCACUCAGGCUACAGUAUCAGCUGAAUCUACAUCUCCUGAAGUGCUUGGCUCGCCGCUACGCCCACACAAAUAUGGUCAUAUAAACACGGUCACUGUGACUCAGAGCUCUACGGGCGAUGUUAUGUCAACUGCUACUUCACUCAAAGGUGUAAAGUCAGGAAUUUCAGAGGAGGAGCAUACCCUUUCUCUGAGUCAUUGUGCAGAAGAGCAACUUUUGCCAGACCCAAGGGUCAGCCAAGGUGGAUUGAUCUCCCAAACACUCCUUGGACAACACAAGCUCAGCUUGACCUCUCUCCCUCCCAGCACAUUACCUCAGAAUAGCUCAGGAGGUGAAAAACUAGGACAAGAAAGCCAACACAAACUUCAAGCAGCUUCAUGUAAUGUGGGCACAACAAAAGCCAUGGGUGAGGGCUCUGCACUCAAAAGCAUCAGGUUAGAAAGUGGAGGGACUCACCCUCCUCUGCAUGUCGGGCUCAGUCAUGCCUCCGCUGCUGCUGCUGAACUCUCUGGGUCAGUUUCUUCAGUUUCCAUCAAUAAAUGCAAAGCGUCAAAACAGCUGAACUCACAAGCAUUCGUGUACUGCAGUAAUUCAGUGGAAUCGACAUUAUCAGAGUCUCUGAAUUCACCUAAACAUGCAGACAUGGGAUGUGCCAGGAUGGGCCCUCCAGGCCAUUCUUCCCCUUCACAGGAAAUGACUCUAAGCGAACCACAGGAUGUAAUCAGUUCAACCCACGCAGAAAAAUCACUUGCUCAGUUUAUUUCAGUGCCGUCUAACGUCCAGGUAGAAAGGCUCAAAGUCAACCCAGGUGCACCUACAAGUAUUCAGAUCUCUAAUGCAGGGCUUAUGGUGGGAGCCUCGCUGGCGGCCCAAGGGGAACCGCAGACACUGGGACAUGGAGAGACCCCUGGGCAGCCAGACAGCACAGACUGGAGACCAAAGCAGAGCCAAAAGGCUGGAAAGACACAGCUCCAGUGCACGGAGGGGUCAGGAGGUGGAGGGGUGGCUGGAAAGGAUAAGGACAGAGGAAUAAAGACAAAUGAGGUGCCAGGAGAGUGGGAUAAGGCCGAGUCUAACUGCACAUAUACAUGUUCACCAGAUAUGACAAAGCCAGAGGAAGAAGACAGAAAGGUUAAAGUGGAUUCCUUUAAAAACUCUUGGCUACCUGAGCAGCAUCCUCAGCAUCUUUCCCAGACAUACUCAGGACUGUAUGAAUACUCUCCACAGAGUCCUCAGCAAGCUCCAAGCAAGUCAAAUUACCUAAAUUCAUCUGCCAGCAGCAGUCACACAAGCCUCUCCAAUUCUUCACAGCCUCCAUUGGAAAUGAGCAACUUCUAUUUCUCACAGCAACACUGGGAAAGUGGCACUGUCCAUAACCAACAGACACAAAAUUUAUGUGAAUCAGAUUCAAGUCAACGUAUGAAAGCACAGGCCCAACUGACUGAAACAAAAAAUGCUUUUUCACUCAUUCAGUCCCAACCUCAGCAAACAUUUUCACACCAGGACCAGAAGCAGAGCACCAGUCUGUCUGUGCAGCAGGGAAACACUGCCGCAUGUAACAGCAUCACAGCCGUGAACUCCUGUACUAAGUUAAUAUCAGGCGGUCUCAAAAGCCCAAGUGUUUCGCCCGAAGUCAAGGCAUCACCCUCCACUCAACCCAGCCAUCUUUCUUCUUCUGUUCAAGUCAGUAGACCAUCAAACAACAAUGUGUUGGAUAAUAAUAUUAUGCUGCCGUCAGAGCCUUUUACAUACAAAGAACCCAAUGAUUAUCAAGAGACCAAGGAUAAGGUACCAAAUGACUUCAACAAAUACAACUCUUUUUUCUUGUCUGGCCAAUUUCACGGCUACCAGCCGCCCGAGUGUACGAGCAGCGGAGUAAGGCCCGUGCAAAACUGCCAGGACUACACCGAAGACACCAGCAGCAGCGAUGAUGAAGGCAAGCUCAUCAUCGAGCUUUAGCCGACAAAUGCUGAUUAGAGUUUUAUCUUGCUGUAUAUUUGUCAGAGGCAGAAAUAACAUCAAUGGCUGAAUAAUGUAUAUGGGAACAGCUGAGGAACCAUGUGUAAACGCAAAUAAUUUUUAAAAUACAGAUUUUUUCCCCAUGAGUAAUACAUUAGAAUAGGCAACCUUCCGAGAAUAGUGUAGGCAAGGGUCCUAUGUUUCCCAGUUCAUUACGGAGACCUUUCCGUGGGUUUUGUGUUGUCAGCAAUGCUUCCCAUAGGUCAAAUGUUCAAUUUAUAUUUUUCUAGGUCAAUAUUUUGAAAUCAUUUACCUACAGCUUUUAGCCUACUGUUGAUAUAUUCCUUGAAACCUACACCAGUCAAGUCAAUUUUAUUUAUGAAGCCCAUUAUCACAAAUUCUAAUUUGCCACAGAGGGCUUUACAGCAUAUGACAUCCAUCUGUCCUUUGACCCUUUCAGUAGAUAAGGAAAAAAUCCCUCCAAAACCCUUGUUAAUGGGGAAAAAUACAGCCCAUAUUUUCAUGAUAGUUCACAGCUGUGUUGGAGGUGCAUCCACAAUCAUACAGAAAGCACCACUCAUAAUUUCCUCUACUGUUCAAGCAAACAAAAUUGGUUGAGGCACACUCAAUAAUCCAUGGUUUAAAGUUCAAUGAAAAUAUACAUAAGACAUAGCUCAAACAAUACAUAAAUGCCUGUUCCAUAACCUUAGAUGUAUCUAUAUAGAUACAGUGUUCCGGGCAGAAUUACACUGUAUAGGGUACUUAACUGAUCUGUUGAUCCAUUCAGAGGGCGGCACGGUGGCGUCAUGGUUGGCACUGUUGCCUCUCGGCAGGAGGGUCCCUGGUGUGAAAACCGGUUGGAAUGGUGUUUGGUCCGUGGGCGGGGGCCCUUCUGUGCGAGUUUGCAUGUUCUCCCCGUGUCUGCGUGGGUUCUCUCUGGGGUC